AUGAAUCCUAAGUGCAUUCAAUGUGAGAAAACCGAGUCGGUUUUAUGGCGGAAGAAUUUGGAGAGCGCAGAGAUUUGCAAUGACUGUUUCGAGACAAACUUAGGAAAGACAGAAGAUUUAAAGGAAAGGGAAACACAAUCAGUUAGUGACAAGACUGAAAAGGAAGCAUCACCGAAGGAUAUUGAAAUUUUCUCAGCACCAAUAGAGUCUUCAAAAACUAGGAAAAGUACGAGAUCAACUAGAUUUAAGAGCAAAGCGAUAACAAGACAGAAAUCAACAAAAUCUGUAUCAAGAAGAUCGUGCAUUUUUAAGUCAGCGAAGCCAUUUAAAACACCAAAUAAUAUUUGUGCUGAAACGAGGACCAAGACUCAUUUAUUUUACAACGGUUUCUAUUAUCAAGUCGGAGAUAUCGUGUCAGUUAUAUCCAAAGGCAAAAAAUACUACGCACAAAUUCGUUCUUUAAUGGUUGAUACAUUUUGUGAAAAGUCAGUCGUUCUCACAUGGCUCAUACCAACAACCUCAAGUCCAGAUCCAAAUGAAGAAUUCGAUCCAUCAACAUAUUUAAUUGGAUUAGAAGAGGAUCUUCCGAGAAGAAUUGCAAACACAAUAGAAUUUGUUAUGCACGCACCAAGUAAUUAUUAUUAUACUCCAACAGAGCCGUAUCCGAAACCAGAGAUAUUAGAAGAUGGACUUUACAGUGAAAAAAAUAAAAAAGGAUUUGUGUGGACUAAUAUGAUAUAA